CCGUUCUCCAACACGCGAACGAAAUGGGCGACAAGCAGCCGGCAGUGCGACAGGUGGUUGCGCAGGACGAUGCGGUUGUAUAUCUCGAGGGCCACGGGGAUGAGGUCGGGAAUGUCGAUCUCAAAGCACUGCGCCGCAAGAUCGAUCGGCGCUUGAUGCCGUACAUGUUCUGCUGCUACGUUCUGCAGUUCCUGGACAAAGUCAUGCUUAACUAUGCGGCCGUAAUGGGAAUCAAAAAGGACCUGAAACUCACCGGCAAUGAGUUUUCCAACACGGCCACCUGGUUUUUCAUCGCUUACUUGAUCGCUGAAGUUCCCAAUGUCUAUUGUCUACAGAAAGUCCCUGCGGCCAAAUGGCUCGGAGGCAACGUCUUUUUCUGGGGAAUCGCUGCCGCUGCAUCAGCCGGUGCUCACGACUACCGCAGUUUGCUGGCCGCGCGAGUGUUUCUCGGCAUCUUCGAGGCAACCGUUGGCCCAUCGUUGAUGCUCAUCAGUAGCCAGUACUAUACCCGGAGUGAACAGGCACCACGCUUUACCUUUUGGUACGUGGGCCUGGGUGUCGCCCAGAUCCUCGGUGGAAUCAUCUCCUUUGCUUUUCAACAUGUCCACCAUGCAUCCCUGGAAGGUUGGCGCAUCAUGUUUUUGAUGCUCGGUCUGAUCACCGCCGUGGUGGGCACCCUGACCUUCUUCUUCAUUCCGGACACGCCCAUUAAAGCCAAGUGGCUAUCGGAGAGUGAAAAGGUGGCCCUCCUGCAACACGUCGGCGAGAACCAGACGGGUGUUUGGAGUACGACCGUGAACUUGAAACAGAUCCGGGAGUCUGUGUUUGACAUUCAGCUGUGGUUGCUGACCCUGACAACUAUUCUACUUUCUGUAUCGAGUGGUGUUGUGACUACUUAUUCCUCGACUCUGAUUGCCGGUUUUGGCUUCUCCGGUCCCAUUUCGGCCCUGCUUAAUACUCCCUCGGGUAUCGUCAGCAUUUUCUUUACUCUGCUAGUUGGAUACGGUAUCCGAAGGACCUCACACCGCUGGGCUUGGAAUGUUUUGUGUACCAUCCCCGGCAUCAUCGGCGGAGGCCUACUAUCCUUCCUUCCGAAAAACGACACGGCCGGCGUGCUCAUCGGGAUUUAUCUCGUCAACGCCAUCGUGGCAACCCUACCCAUUAUCUACCAGUGGACCAUGGCCAACUGUGCAGGUCACACCAAGCGUGCCUUUGCUAGCGCUCUCGUUGCCGGGUCUUUCUCCAUCGGUAACAUCAUCGGCCCGCAGACCUUCCAAGCCAAAGAUGCACCAGAGUACCGACCUGCCAAGAUUGCCGUUCUUGCCACACAGGCUGGAGCGGCCGUCGUAUCCGUGGUGUUGUUCUUCUACUAUGCCCGGCAGAACCGACGCCGGGAUCAGACCCAGGGCCGUGUGAACGAGACUAUGAUUGACGAAACGAAGUGGGCCGGACUUACUGAUAAGGAGAAUCCCCACUUCCGAUAUGCCUACUGA